GCUCACUCUCUUGCUCAUUUUUUUUUAUACAGUAAAAAACUUGGAUUUGCCUACAACAAGUCCUGAAAAUGUGCUCAUUUUGCAGUGUAAAAUGUUGCUUCAUUUUCUUCAAUUUGCUCUUUUUGGCAUCUGGAGUUACUCUCAUCAUUAUCGGAGUACAGCAACACUUGACUUACUCACAGAUGGGAUCUUUUGCAGGGAGCGGCCUGUCUAAAAUCGCUAUAGUCCUCAUUGCAGUGGGUGUCACCAUAGUCCUCAUCUCCCUCUUGGGCCAUUUGGGGGCAUUCUUUGAUAACUAUUCUAUGGUGGCUUGUUUCAUCUGCAUCCUGAUCAUCAUUAUCAUUUUGGAGAUACUCUCAGGGGCUAUCUUUUACGUAUUUCGCAGCAGGACUGUCCUCCUAAAGAGUGCCAAAAAUGCUAUCGACUACCACAGCAAAGCACGAAAGGUGAUCCAUGAAUACAGCCCGGAGAAGAGACACACCAUAGACCGAAUCCAGGAAAAGUUCAGAUGCUGUGGCGCAGACGGCCCCACUGACUGGUCCAGCAGUGUGGGCUGGGAGAACCAUGAUGCCGUGCCAGAUUCCUGCUGCGUGGAGAAGAGUCAGGGUUGUGGACAGAACAAGGAUAAAGUACACACAAAGGGUUGUAUCGCGGCCAUCAGGAUCUUCCUGUUGAAAAACCUGGUGUGGGUCGGUGCUGUCUGCAUUGCUCUUGGUGUCGGAGAGGUUUUCGGAGUAGUUGUCGGGGUGUGCUUGUGUAUAAUCUUAAAACAAAAAAACUAUGAAAACAUAAGAUGAUGCAUCUCAUGCGCUCCCUCGUCACGGCCAAGCACAGCCGACUUCCUACAUCACUGACAUAUUUGAUCUAUUUUAUUUGCUUUUCAAGUGUAUUCAAUUGUUAAACAAAAGUUGUAAUGUACUACCUGUGAGUGCAAAAAAUCAAUAAAGAAAUUGUAAAAAAAAAAGAAAGAAUAUAAAGUGACAUAAAGAUUAAACAUGUAGUUUACAUGAACAUGUCAUUGAUAUGUUUAAAAACAACUAAAAGGUACCUUAUUGCUACUUUCAUGCUUGCCAACUGUGACUAUUUCAACAAGUUAUCUGACAAAUGGAAAUCUUUUAGUCUAUUAUGGUCUAUGUCAUUGAAACAACUGUUAUAAUAGUCUCAUGUUUACAUUUCAUGCUGAAUAUUUUCAAUAAAUGUAUGAUACAUUCUG